UGGGACCUUUUGGCGAGUUUGAGUUCCGACAAAAUCAUGUGAAAGUCCUAAAACUAAGAAGAUGGUGCAAAAUGAGAGUAGGUGCUGAACGUUGAGUGUGAGUCUUCUUCUCGUCUUGGAGAUUUAAGAAUCAUGUAUUCUCUGAUACAGAAGCUCGUAUCAUUCUCUUCUUACUCCAAACCCUUCUCCUCUGCUACAACUCUAACUCAUAAAGUUUCAAACUUUACAGUCUCUUACCUCAUUGAAUCACUGGGUUUCACCACAAAACUCGCGGAAUCAAUCUCCAAGAAAGUCAGCUUCGAGGAGAAAGUCAACCCAGAUUCAGUUCUGACUCUUCUCAGAAGCUACGGAUUCACAGAGUCUCAGAUCUCAAACAUCAUCACAGACUACCCAAAACUGCUUACACUAGACGCCGAGACAUCUCUCGCUCCCAAGCUCAAGUUCUUGCAUUCGAUGAAAGGAGCUUCCACCUCCGAGUUCACAGAGAUCGUCUCCACGGUUCCUAAACUCUUGGGUAAAAGAGGGGACAAGACUCUCAGUGUGUACUAUGACUUCGUCAGAGAUGUUGUACAAGCUCCUGAAAACUGUCGAGUGUUGUUGUUGUCUCGUUCUUCUUUCCCGCAGGGGAAUCUCGAGAACAAGAUCAGAAACGUAACGGCUUUGAGAGAGCUGGGUGUGCCUCAGAGGUUGUUGUUUCGUUUGCUCGUCUCCAGUUACCAGCCUGUGUGUGGGAAAGAGAGGUUUCGAGAAUCACUCGAGAAGGUUGUUGAGAAAGGGUUUGAUCCCACGAGUUCAAAGUUCGUCCAAGCUCUGCACGUUGUUUACCAGCUUAGCGAGAGAACGGUGGAAGAGAAAGUAGAUGUGUAUAGAAGGCUAGGUUUCUCUGUGGAGGAUGUGUGGGAUAUGUUCAAGAAAUGGCCUAACGCUCUCAAGUUCUCGGGGAAGAAGGUGACUCAGACGUUUGAGACGCUGAAGAAAUGUGGUCUGAUUGAGGAAGAGGCUGUGGCGUUGUUGAAGAAGAAUCCGCAGUUCUUACGCGUUUCGGAGGAGAACAUUGCCAACUCCAUCGAGACGUUUCUAGGACUAGGAUUCAGCAGGGGUGAGUUUGCUAUGAUGAUCAAGAGGUAUCCUGUGUGCAUUGGGUUUUCUGGAGAGACUGUUAGGAAGAAGACUGAGUUUUUAGUUGAGGAGAUGGAUUGGUCAUUAGAUGAUGUGGUUUCUCACCCUCAGGUGUUUUCGUAUAGCAUGGAGAAGAGGAUGGUACCGAGGUGUGGCGUUAUCAAAGCUCUUAUCUCCAAAGGAUUGCUUGGGAGUGAACUUCCUUCAGUGUGUUCUGUCUUGGCAUGUACUGAUAAGAUGUUUUUGAGAAGGUAUGUGAGGAAGCAUGAUGAUGACAAGGAGCUUGUGGCUGAGUUGAUGGCUUAUCUUCAUCAGAGGGCAUAAGGCAGGCCUAGGACAAUGAGCUACGUUUAUUUUCUUUUAGGUUUUAGACAGAGUCAUGGUGAAUCUUUUUGUAAUCUCAGUGUGAGAUGAUGUAUCCUGACUAUAUGCAAUCUAAUAGAGGGUAGGAACACAGUUCUAAUUUUGACAUGAUGUAUGCUUUUAUUGAUGUUUUGGCAGCUUAUAUUUGAUGUCUGCAAUCUAAGAUGAGAACAAAGAUGAAGCUGGGCUUCUCUACAUGACUUAAAAUGUUAAAGUGGUGAAGACACUUUUGGUCUGGUUUGUCUAGCUUUGGGUGCUUUUAUAUAUGCUAUGCCUCUUUAUGAA